UCUGUGUAUAUACAUGUAUUAGAGUGAAGUUCAAUCAUUGAACGAAUCAACUGAUCCACAGUCCAUAAGCAGAUUUAUAAGCUGAUUAAUAUAAGUUGCUUUCCAAUAUAAUUUGCACUCAAGUGAUACUGAGUCACUCAGUUAUGUGAGUAUUUUACAUUCAGAUAAAAUGUCAAUUGUUCAAUGAGUAAAAGGAAUGUGCAAGUGAUAUUGCAGGUUCAUAACCUUACUUUUGUAUGUGAGUCUAUUAGACUCGCUAAAGUACACGGUCUCAAUCGUGUGCAAGAAACUCAGUUGAAUUUCACUUUCUCAGCAUCAAAAGGAACGUGCAUUCAACUGUGUUAUGACGUCAUAAGUGAGAAUUAUCUGAGUUUUGAUGUAAAUAGAAAGCAAUUAUAAUGCAGAAAUAUCUAACAUAAUUAAUAUAUUCGACUCGGAAAUGCAGAGCCCGAAAAUGAAGGAUUUAUAUAGAAGAAGAAAAACGUUAUUAUAAAAUUAACAUUGUAUCGAUAUGCUUUGCCCAGAGACAUAUGAUUUCAAACCACCGCGACACUAUGUAUCGGUGGAUAACAGAGAUUUUACAAAAACAGACAUACCUUCAGUGAUGGACACUCAUUAUUUCAAUCAUUCGAUAUCUAUAGUGCUUCCCGACACCGUUACCGUUCCUAGCACUCUAUGGGAUUGUUUAUCCGAGGACACAGAUUAUUAUCGGAUAAAUGCGUUGUGUGCCUAUGAUCUUUUAAAUGCAGAAUUUAUUGAAGCUUUUAUUAAGAAGGGAGAGGUCAGCCUUCUGACGAUAGAAAAUAAAAUAGAUUUGCAAAAUUCUAUUUGUGUAACUCCAACUGGAUACUUGCUACUUUCUUUAGUAACUGAAGACUAUCAAGCGCUUGGUUUAGAAGGGAAACCAUCUUUCUUUGAUCGUAAACCUCAUACACGUUAUGUAGUAACAAUUAAUCUGAAAAAUGAAAAUUUUGUUCCUGGUAAGAAGAAUUAUGAAAGAACUCGAAUAGCAUUGAAGCGACUCAAACAGAGUUUUGAUGUUGUAGUAUUGUGGGAUCCACCAAGGACUGAUCUAUGCCCAUCGUCGAUAGCGGCAUGGUUUUAUGCAUGCAAUUAUGAUGUUUAUCUCUGUCAUCAGACAUGUUUUCAAAGGGCUAAAUAUUCAACGACAAUACCCAUUCUUCAAGAAGGAUGCGACUUGGAUAAGUUUUUUGAAUGGCUUGGAUUCUUUAGCAUUGGUGGUGAUCUAUUUAAUAGAGAAAUGGAUAACUAUGUAAACACAUAUGAGUGUCCUCCUCUUUCUAUAGAUAUUGGACAAGUGCAACAUUUACAAUGGACAGGAUUUUUUACACGAAAAAAGUUACACGAGAUCUAUAAUGUAUUGAAAGAAUAUGUAUUAUCACGAAAGACUUUACCAUGGGUUAGUUUAGACAUACAAGGAUUUGCAGACAGCCCUAUCAGUUGGGAUUUAAAAGAGCAUAUGUUUUUCACUGAUGGAGACAAUAGUUACACUAUUAUAUUUCGACCUACAGGUGAAUCCAUUGUACGAAAAAGUCUCAGCUCUAAUAAUAAACCCAGAAUAAGUCAGUAGAUUUUAAAUAAUUAUUUAAAUUUAUAUUUGAUAAUUGUAAUAAGAAUAGAGAACAUUAUGAAUUAUGAGGAGAUUUUUUUUUUUAAAUAAAUUGCUAAUUGACAAAAUUCGAAAUUUGUAUUGUAAUUUAUUUUAUCAC